CAGAGAAGAGGAAACGUGACUGAAUUCUCCAUCUUUCAUGACAUUACAGAUGAUUUUGCAGAUGACGGAAUUGUCCCAAAACCGAUCUUUGAAGAGUGAGGGAUGAAGUUAGAGACCCUGUAAUGAAGUUUCAUCUGGCUGUAAGAGCAGGAAGAAAACGUCUCUCAGGGAUUGUGCAGAAAUGACUGAAGCCUGAAGUCUCUCUGAGAGCGACAUCAGGCAAGAUGGAGACUGCGAAUGCGUCUUCCAUCAUUAACAUGACUGGUGGCAGUCACGCCGGCCUCUUUUCAAGGAGCCCAUACACAGAAGCGGAGAUAGUGCUCAUCCUGCUGGCAGCUGGAAUCCUUAGUCUGAUCACUGUCACCGGGAACAUCCUGGUCAUACUCUCCAUAAAGGUAAACAAGAACCUGCAGACCAUCAACAACUACUUCCUGUUCAGCUUGGCCUGUGCAGACCUCCUUAUUGGGAUCUGCUCCAUGAACUUUUAUGCCAUUUUCAUUGUGAUUGACCAAUGGCCUCUGGGAGAGGUGGAGUGCGACCUUUGGUUGAUUGCUGAUUAUGUUGUCAGCAACGCCUCAGUCAUGAACCUGCUCCUCAUAAGCUUUGACCGGUACUUCUGUGUCACUAAACCCAUGACCUACCCAGCAUGUCGCAGCACCAAGAUUGCUGGGAUGAUGAUUGCUGCGGCCUGGAUCCUGUCCUUCGUCCUAUGGACUUCCUUAAUCAUGUCCUGGCAGUUCAUUGCAGGAAGGAGAUCUCUGCUCUUUACUCACUGCCACUGCCAGUUCUUCUUCAACCCAUGGGUGACGUUCGUGGCUUCCAUCAUAACUUUCUACCUGCCGUUGAGCAUCAUGGCCUGCCUGUACUGGCGGAUCGCGAAGACCAGCUACAACAGCAUAAGGAGGAACAGCAGGAGAACCUCAGGUUCAAGUUUAUCAGAAAUUGUCUCCUUCGUCCAAGGGGAAGUGAUCGGUUCCACAACCAAACAAGACAAGGAGGAGACUGCAGCUGGGAAGGAGAAGGAAAUGUUGCAGCAGCACAGUGUAACUGCACUCUUCAGAGAAUCGCAGGCAGACCAACUGGACUCUGCAUCAGAGACUGUCAACGCUUCGACUUCCAGAGAACUUAGCUCAUUAAGGAGCUUUACAAAUGUUUCUGAUCGUAAUGUGAGGGUGCAAAUUCUGGAAAAGUGGAGAAGGAGGGUCAGUACUUGCAGGGAAAAAAAAGUGACACGCACCAUCGUGGCUGUCAUGGUUGCUUUUAUCGUCACAUGGACGCCGUACAACAUCAUGGUCCUUGUCCACGCACUCUGCAACAACUGCGUCCCAAAAACACUGUGGAGCACAUUGUACUGGCUCUGCUACGUCAACAGCACCGUCAACCCCGCCUGCUACGCCCUCUGCAACGACACCUUCAAGAUCACCUUCAAGCACCUGCUCCUGUGCCAGUACAAGAACAUUCGGGGACGAUGGUUUCCUGCCUAGAAUGGAGCUGAAACUCAUGGACUCCCUUAAUAAAAAUAAAGGCGAAAGCUGAAACGGCCAGAAGU